CCGGGCCUGUCAUACCUCGAUUGGGAUGAGCAGCAGCAGCAGUAGUGUGUUGGGUAUUCUACGGUAGAGGUUUGAAAUGAAUGGAAAUGUAUUGGUGCAUAGCGUGAACAGUGCCUGCUGAAGAUUUAAUUGUGAUAAAUUAAGAAAGAAAGGAGUAUGGAGAAUGAUGAACUUUCGUCAGCGGAUGGGAUGGAUCGGUGUGGGGCUGUAUCUGCUGGUUAGUGCUGCUGCAGUUUACUACGUCUUCGAGAUCAACCAGACAUAUAACCGGCUCAGCCUAGAGCACAUCAACAAGCAAACUCCCGAGAAGCCCCAGCCCGGGGAAUCAUCGUGGGCUCACAGCCUGAAGAGCCGCCUCCUCUCCUUCCCCUUCUGGUUAUGGGCCACCAUUUUCCUAAUCCCCUACCUCCAGGUCUUUCUGUUCCUCUACUCCUGCACUCGAGCUGACCCCAAAACCGUAGGCUACUGCAUCAUCCCGAUCUGUUUAGCCGUCAUCUGCAACCGACACCAGGCGUUUGCCAAGGCCUCCAAUCAGAUCAGCAGGUUUCAGCUGAUUGAUACGUGAAAUUAAUAAUAAAAAAAAUGACCAGUGAAGGAUUCUGGCACAUGAGAAAAUCAACGUCAUGCUUAAAGGUCCAUUGCAGUUACAUUCUGGGAUUAUGCUGCGCUCUGACUUCUGGAAGACCAGUGUUGACCUUUGAAGGCCAAUGAACCAACUAGUGAAACUGCUUGGGAGAGGGAGGGGGAUUUUAAAAAAAAAAAAAUAAA